AUGGUUUCAGAAGACAGCCCUCUGCUGGCGUCCUCUAUGCAUGAGGCUAUCUAUGACAGGUUUACCCCCGACCAGAAGAGGUGGAUCGUGUUUCUAGUUUCUUUUGCGGGUCUCUUGCCUAUGUUCGUCUCAGCAACAUUCGUGCCUUCCAUUCCUCAAAUAGCUAAAGAUCUUGACUCGACGCAUGCUGUUGUCAGUUUGACCGUCAGUCUCGAUCUUGGCGAGUGCUGUCGGAGCGUUAGUUUGGGCCGCUUAUUCGUCUUUCUAUGGACGCCGAUUGAUGUAUUUGUGGGGCGUGCCGUUUUUAUGUAUCGGGAGUUGUGGUGUUGCAAUGGCAACUUCGUUGAGGAGUUUGUUUUCUGGCGAUUCGUGCAGACGUUUGGAUGCUCUGGGGGAAUACCGUUGGGCGCUGGCAUUAUCGGUGAUAUUUAUAAACUGGAGGAGAGGGGGACUGCUAUUGGAAUAUUCCUUGGUGCCACGCUUUUCGGGUUUGCUGUUGCUCCGUUUCUUGGAGGUGCAGCGGCGCAGUAUUGGUCCUGGCGCAAUUUGCAUUAUUCCGUUGCUGUGUGGGGCUUGCUCGAACUGCUUCUCGUAUAUAUUUCGUUCCCCGAGACGAGCCAUCCUGGUACGUUGGGUAUCGAUAAACUAAAACACAGGAGACGGAUCCACAUCACAUGGGUCAAUCCUCUCAGUAGUCUCUGGAUGCUUCGGAGCCCAAACCAUUUGCAGUCGUGA